AGGCAAUGGUCGUUUGUUUGCGCGUGUGGCAUGCUCUCCUCAUAGCAACGUUCACCAAUAAAAAACCCCUCCUUGAUAACAUCUAUGUAAAUUUUUAUCAAGAUUAAGCAUUAUCGUCUUCAUGAACAAAUUUACUAGUUUCGCAGAUUUACGUCCAAUGAGAUGCUACUUACGAGGUCCAGAUUAUCGUUUCGAAGGUUCCAAACAAUUUUAGUAAAAACCUACUCGUCAAAGAAAGGAGGAGGUGGUAAGGAAAUACCGUCAUGUACAAAAGUGGCCAGAUUCGAGUCAUGUCAACUGGAUCCUUGCAUGUUGGAUCCAUGCAAACCGGAACCAACAGUGGUGAUCAUUGGUGCAGGGAUGGCCGGACUUUCAGCUGCGCAUCGUUUAGCACAAUGUGGUCUUCAAAAUUUCACAAUAUUAGAGGCAACGGAUAGACCAGGAGGCCGAAUCCAUUCAUGUUGGUUAGGUGACGUAGUGGCGGAAAUGGGCGCCACUUGGAUCGAAGGAGGAUGCGUAGCGAAUCCUGUUUUCACCUUAGCUGCUCAAGAGGGUCUUCUGAAGCCACCUCUGUUCAGACCUGAUCCAAGUCGCGGUCUUUUUUGUACAAGCGAUGGACGGGCUAUCGAUCUUCCUGUCAGCAUUACUGCAUAUCAUACCUUCCGUCAAAUCGAGCAACAGGCAGCAGCUCUUUUCUCCCUAGGUUGUGGCCGCACCCACGGUACGUUGCUGAAUUUCAUGGGUGUCAGAAUUCAGCAGGAGCUCCACAAUUUCCCGGAGGAGCAACGAUAUGACGCAGCCAGAGUGAUGUACGGAAUGACAAACUGCGUGAGAUGUCGGUGCGGUGAUGAUCUUUCGCUAGUUUCUGCUGAUCAAUUUGGAAGUUACAUCGAGAUUCCUGGUGGUAAUGUUAGAGUGCCUCUUGGCUACGUCGGUGUACUUGCUCCGCUGCUACGAGAUUUGCCAAGCUGUUCUCUCAAAUACUGUAAGCCAGUUAGCUGUGUCAGAUGGGGUGCCAUAAGUGAUUCUUGUCCUCGAGCUGUGGUGAAGUGUUGCGAUGGCGAAGAAUUUCCCGCUGAUUACGUUAUCGUUACCGUGUCUCUUGGUGUCCUGAAACAUCAACACGAUAAACUUUUCUGUCCAGCAUUGCCUGCUGAGAAAGUCGAGGCUAUUUGUAAAUUGGGAUAUGGUUACGUUAAUAAAAUAUUCUUGGAAUACGCGAGGCCGUUCUGGGUUUGGAAAGAAGGUGGCAUUAAGCUAGCUUGGUCAGCUGAUGAACUUGCUGACAGAUGCGACUGGGUGAAAGGAAUCUCAAACAUAGAAGAGUUAUCGACAUCACAGCACGUUUUAUGUGCAUGGAUCUGUGGUCGUGAAGCAGCGGAUAUGGAAUUAUGUUCCGACGAAGAGGUGGUUGAGUCAAUAACAAGAGUCCUUCGACAAUUUACCGGUGAUCCAACGCUUCCCUAUCCAGCAAAUCUCCUCAGAAGUAAAUGGUGCAUGGAUCAAUACUUUGCUGGUGCAUAUAGUUAUAUGGGAAUGGACAGCACUGUUGGGCAUCAGUGCGAUUUGGCCAGUCCUUUGCCAGGUACAUGUGAGCCAAUACCACCAAUUCUCCUAUUUGCUGGAGAGGCCACAAUUCCGGGUCACUAUAGCACAGUACACGGUGCUAGAUUAAGUGGCAUUCGAGAAGCGGAGAGGAUAAUUCAAUUGACAAAACGUUUUGGUGGUCCACCAAAGAAAAUUAUCGAGAAGAGUUCUUAAAAGUGUAAAAAAUUAAUAUAUGUCGAAGUAAAUGUACCUGUACCAAGUGUUACGUCCAAAAAUAGAUCUACUGUCCACGAAAAGCCAUUCGUCAGUUCAUAUUGUUCAGCUGAAAAUGAAAUUUGUAUUAAGUUCCAAAUUCUUUGAGGAAUGUAUUUAAUUUGUCAUUUGAUAAUUAUAUUAUUUUUAUAAUUGUAAAUUAUACCUUUGCUACAAUUUUACAUUGCACAUAGUCAAGUUCAAUAAAAGAUAUAAUUUUUAAUUUAUCCUUGAAGUUUUAAUAUAUUUUAUAUUACUGCAUU